AUGGACCCAGAUACAUUAGAUACAAUUGGCCGCUAUGAUUUCGAAGGUCAAGUCCUGAGCCCGACCAUGACUGCUCACCCCAAGUUUGAUCCGAAGACGGGCGAAAUGAUCUGUUAUGGGUAUGAAGUGAGUUGGCUGCUUAACCCCUUUGUUUGGAGCCAUUUACUCACAGUACACCAGGCUGGCGGUGACGGCAAUGAUGGGUCCCGGGAUAUAGUUGUCUAUACAAUUGAUGCAAGCGGCCUCAAGACUGAAGAAUGCUGGUAUAAGGCUCCCUUCUGUGGUAUUAUCCACGACUGUGGGGUCAGCGAUAACUGGGUGGUUCUUCCGAUGACACCGCUCAAGUGUGACCCCGAGAGGCUGAAAAAGGGCGAGAAUCACUGGGCGUGGGACCCAAACGAGGAUCAAUGGUACGGGCUUGUGCCACGGCGUAAAGGCAAACCUGAAGACAUUCGGUGGUUCCGCUCUAAGAAUGCUUUCCAAGGACACACAGUCAGCUGCUACGAAACCCCUGACGGAGAAGUAGUGUUCGACCUGACUAUUGCAGAUGGGAAUGUCUUCUUCUGGUGGCCUUCCGUGGAUACCCCCGCCGGUACUGUAGCAAAGCGAAACAAGUUGCACAACAGCACGACGCGCUGGAUAUUUGAUCCACAGGCUCCGAACAACUCCUGGGUGGACCCCGUCGAAGAGCGAACCGAAUUCUCGGGAGAGUUCUCUCGCAUCGACGACCGCUUCACAACGUACAAGUAUAACCACUACUGGCAAGCCAUCAUCGACGGCUCAAAGCCAUAUGACUUUAAAAAUGCGGAUCGCCAGCCGGCGGCCUCUUCAACACGCUGGGGCAUUUUACCUGGGACAACUCAACGACCGAGACGUUUUGGGCGGGUCCAUGAGCCCGCCUUCAUCCCACGGGCCGGAAGCAAGGAGGAGGGAGACGGGUAUCUUGUCGCACUUCUAAACCAUCUCGAUGUGCUAAGGAACGAUGUUUGCAUCUUCGACGCACGAAAUAUCGCUCAGGGUCCCGUUGCCGUCAUCCACCUGCCAUUCAAGCUUCGGUUGGGACUGCACGGUAACUUUGUGGAGCAAAGCGAGAUCGAGACGUGGAGGGAGAAGCGAAGCAGAGAGCUUGGCCCUGUCGAACCUGCAAAGGAGUCCCUGAACGCUACUGACGAAACCGAUGAAUCCCUCAAUAUCUCGGUCAACGGCGAAGGCGGCAAAGGUGCCAAUUUCCUUCUGUUUUGCGUCUAA